AUGCGGCGUCGUGAAGUCCGCAUCUGCAAGGAUGCUCCCAAGGCCGCUCGGGAUGGAGUGAAGGCACUCUACGAGACCAAGUCCAAGACCCGGGAGCAGAAGCGCGUCGCUGAAGUCUCGGCCAUUGCUGCAGAUUCCGGCGCUGCUGGCGAGUCGAAGAAGUCUCGCAUGACCGACUUCUACGGCGACGAGUCAGCCUGCAAGAAGAAUAGCGCCGACGAGUCGAUCUGCCUCGCGUUCGCCGCUCUGCGCCUCCCCGAACACCACGCGGACCACCCUGUUUGGCUCAACAUGGUCUCCUGCAUUGCGCGUGCGGGCGACGGCUACGUCGCACCGAGGCGUCGGUUCAUCGGUGGCGUCGGGCUCCAGAAAUGUCGUAAGCGCAUUGAGUCGGCGCUUGUUCCGAUCGCGGCGAGCUGGCGGCGGGAUGGUGUAACGGUGUCGAGCGACAUGAUGACUGACCGCAACCACCGUCCGCAGGCGAAUGUCCUUCUGAUCAACGACAGUGGCGCGGUCUUCGUGGAGUCUGUCGACACAAAGAUGGAACAGAAGACGGGAGGUUACAUCGCGUCGCUUCUCCGUCCCAUUCUCAAGAAACUCGGACCGGAAAACGUGGUGGCAUUUUGCAUGGACGGCGGCUCGAACUAUGCGGUGGCGUGCAGGGAGCUGAUGGAGGAUUACCCCCACAUUGAGCACGUACCUUGUGCUACCCACGUCCUCGAUCUCAUGAUGGAGGACGUUGGGAAGAUGGACUGGGCGUCGAACCUCGUCUCCCGCGGGAACGAGAUCAUCACCUUCACGCGCAGCCACCACUUCACGCGGGGGUAUCUGCGCAGCCCCAUGGUCAAUGGCGGGAAGGGCAAGCAGGUCCUGAAACCCGCAGGCACUCGCUUCGGCACGCAAUUCAUCGCUAUUUCUCGCCUUUGCGAAGUCCGCCUUGCCCUCGUGCAGAUGGUUUUAAGCGAGGAAUGGGAGGGCUGGGCAGCAGGCGCAAGGAGUAAGAGCGCGGCCACUUUCCGCGAGCACAUCAUGGACGAGACUUGGUGGAAGACGGCCGAGUUCUUCACCAAGCUCAUGGCGAAGCCGUUCGCCGUCAUGCGGGCUACGGAUGCCACGACAAAGGGGAUGAUGGGGCGCCUCUACGACUCCAUGCUGCAGCUCACCGAGGACGUGGAUGACAUCCUUGAUAAGCACUCCGCGGGGUACCUGACGAGGGCGGAGGUUAAGGAGAUCCGCCUCAUCGUGAAGCACCGGUGGGACAAGUGCUUGGCGUGCCCCUUGCAUGUGGUUGGCAGGAUCUUGAAUCCCGCCAACCAAGAGGAGGGCAUCUUCAGGAACGACGUCGAAUGCACGUGCGUGCUGAAGGCCUACAUCGCCAAGCACUACGACCACCUCACCUUCACCGAUAGCGACGGCGAGGAGCGCCGUGCCUCCCUUGUGCUGCAGGAGGAGCUGACGGCGUACCUGACCCUGCAAGGAAGUUUCGGGCUGCCCACCGCCAUUGAAGACCGCGCGGCGGUGAAGGCGGGGAAGAUGACGGCCGUCCAGUGGUGGACUUGGCACGGCACGGAUGCGCCCCACCUUGCUACCGUCCCGGCCUCUCCUCACGUCUCUUCACCUGUCUCCGCCCCUCUUUCCCCCCAUCAAACCCACCAGGUGAUCUCAGCUCGAGGCUGCAGCUUUAGCGGCUUCCUGCCGCCCGCUCUCGGCUAUGCGCCGCGCCUGCAAUCGCUGGAUCUGGGCGGCAACCAGCUGGCGGGCGGCAUCCCUCCCACGUGGGGCCAGAUGGGCAGUCUGACCUCUCUGGUAAUGAACGGCAACCAGCUGUCUGAGAGCAUCCCUUCCGCCCUCAACGGCCUCUCUGCUCUUCAGAGGCUGGAUAGGCUGGAUGUCAGCAGCAACGGGCUCAGCGGUACCAUCCCAACCCUCAAUGGGCUCACCGCUCUCAACCUCUCAGCAAACCAGCUCUCAGGACCCAUCCCCACCGAUGGCGUUCUAGGAAGCUUCCCGCCUUCUUCCUUUGCCGGCAACCCCGGGCUCUGCACUGGGAACUGCGCCUCUCCCCCUACUGUCCGCCCUCCCCCUACCAUUGCUCCCCCCAUCUUCCCCCCGCCGACUCUCUUCCCCCUGCCCGUCCCCAUGGCCCCUCUCCCCCCGCUCUCCCCUCCCCCACCCCCCUAUGUUGAGCCUCCGCCCUACAGUCCUCCCAUUCCGCCCCCAAUUCGCUCCUCCCCACCUGCUCCUCGCCCCCCUCCCCUCUCACCCCGACCUCCUCCCCGCUCCCCCCCCCGUUCUCCCCCACUACCCCCUCCCCUGCGCCCUCCCCCCGCUCCCCCCAAGCCACCCUCCUUGAGGCCCCCUCCUGUUCCCCCCACUCUCCCGCCCUUCCCGCCCCCCUCCUCCCCCAAACCGCCCCCUCCUCUCUUGAAGCCGCCCUCCCCUCCUCGCUCACCUCCCCCCCGCCCCCCUCCCAUUCCGCCCCGUUUGCCCCCUCCCGUUCCCCCUCCCGUACCCCCUCCUGUUCCUCCACCCAGCCCCCCUCUUUCUCCCCCUCGCCCCCCUCCGCUCCCCCCUCCUCUCCCCCCUCCGCGUCCCCCGCCCCGCCCCCCUCCUCACCCCCCUCCUCUCCCUCCGCCCCCCUCGCCUCCCCCAUCCCCCCCACCUCUCCCCCCACCAAGUCCCCCAAGUCCCCCUCCCCGUCCCCCACCUUCUCCCCCGCCCUCCCCUCCCCCCCCAAGCCCACCACCACCCCAAACCCCCCCAUCCCCUCCGCCUUCCCCCCCUCCCUCCCCUCCUCCAUCCCCCCCCCCACCAUCCCCCCCAUCACCCCCACCCCCAUCCCCACCUCCUCUCCCCCCAUCCCCUCCCCCGCCACCAUCACCCCCUCCAUCCCCCCCAUCCCCCCCAUCCUCCCCUCCGCCUCCCCCAUCACCCCCUUCCCCCCCAUCCAUCUUCGCCCCCCCCCAGCUGCUCAACCGCAUGGUGCUGCCAUCCAACACCACCAAGCCCAUGCCAGUCAGUGCCAUCUUCGCCUUCUCCCUCUCAGCGGUGCUCGGCGCGCUGCUCAUGGGCGUCUGUUUCACCAUCAACCAGCCCUACUCCUCCUCCUCUGGCCAAUCGCGCGCGUGGGCAGCAGCAGGGGCAGGGGGCGGGGGUGGGGGCGGGGGAGGGGGCGGAGGGGUGCUGGGGGGUUUUUUAGGGGGAGGCGGGGGGGAGGGAGGGGGGGCUAGGAUGGGGAUACUGGGGGCGGCAGGGGGGGCGAUGGCAGGGGCGGCAGCGGGGAUUGCGGGCGGCAGGCACUCGUCAGCAGCCCAGCAGCUUGUCACAAUGUUUAACGGGCAGACAAUGCAUGUGGACGACCUCCGGGCAGCCACGGAAAAUUUCGGGCCCGGGCAGAUGAUGGUGGGCGGGGCGGGCCCGAGCGGGGCAGUGUCGUUUCUGGCUGAGAUGGCGGACGGGGCGGCGGUUUUUGUCGCGAAGCAGCUGCCGCCCCUGCUGGGGGGAGAUGCUGUCAACUUUGUGUUCGAGCACGAGGCACGCCUGCUAUCAGCAGUGCGGCACGACAACAUUCUGCCGGUGGUGGGGUUCUGGGAGGGCGCAGGCGGGUCAGGCGAGCCCAUGAGGGUGCUGCUGUACGACUACAUGCCCAACGGUGACCUGCGGGAAUUCCUUUACGAUGAGGACUACAUGCCCUAUGGGGUCUUGCGGGAGUUCCUCUAUGAUGAGCUGGCGUCACGCAAGUCGCUGCAGUGGCCGGUGCGCUUCCGGGUGGCCAUGGGGGUGGCACGCGGCCUCGCCUUCCUGCACAGCGGGGCGGGCGGCGCGGGCGGCAUGGGCGGCGGGCCGAUGGCGCAUGGGGCGGUGCACCCGGGGAACGUGCUGCUGGACGGCCGCAUGGAGCCAAAACUUGCCGACAUGGGCGUGGCUCGGAUUGCAUUUGAUACGGAUGAUGUGCAAGUGGCCGAUGAGAUCAUGGGGUACACGCCGCCCGGUAUGUGGCGGAUGGGAUCAUGCGUAUGGGAUCAUGCGGAUGGGAUCAUGCGGAUGGGAUCAUGCGGAUGGGAUCAUGCGGAUGGGAUCAUGCGGAUGGGAUCAUGCGGAUGGGAUCAUGCGGAUGGGAUCAUGGGACCCCCCUCUCCUCUCCAGUACUCAGCACUCCAGCUGAUUGCACCUUUUGAGUCAUGCUGUCAGGGGUCCUCACAUGCCACCUCCCCGUGA